AUGACACGAUUAAAACCUUCUACACGAAAGCAGUGUAAAAGUAAUAAUUCUAGGGGUCUUUUCCGGGGGUCACUUGUGAUUUGGUUCAUCAGCACGCUUUUCAUAGCCCUUUGGCUAUUUUACGUUGAUGAUUUGAAACCGAUCUCCUCUGAACCCUUGGUACUUUCCAAAGAUGACUUGCAGGAUAUCUUUGUUCGAACCACAGGGCCUCGUGUCGUCAUCUUCGUUAUGAGUGAUAGAAUUGAUGAUACGCUUUGUUAUUCAGUGGGCUCAGCCUACCUAAGCGGGUUUCCCGUAGUGGUAGCCGGCUAUCAGAUGAAAUACAAAGGGUUUCUAUCCAAGUUCGAUUUUAUGGAAAAAGCUAUCCAGAAUGCGCAGCUGAAUCCGGAUGAUGUUGCCAUUUUAAUGGAUUCCGACACGGUUUUUACUGGUGCAGACAUUCAAGCUUUUCUUGAUCGUUUCAUCGCACAGUCCGCCGCGACGCCGGAGGAGUUGGACGCACUGAGUGUGCGGCAGGGCCGUGCGAUGGCACCGAUCAUACCUAGUGCUGAGGCUGGCUGUUGGGCACCGAACAUACUCAAAGGUUGGCCUGAAUGCAUCGCUAGAUUUAACACAAUCUAUGCAAAAGUGCAGAGGUAUACCGCUGCACACCCGGAGCAUAAGCUCGUCUCGUCUUUUGGCUUAUCAUCUCAUCAGUAUAUCAAUGCUGGUGUUGUGAUUGCUCGUGCGUGGGCAUACAACGAGUUAUUACAAAAGGCGGAUUAUUUAAUCAAAACACAACCUACAAAAUAUAAACCUAGAAAGGGAUGGGACUGUGAUCAGUCUGUUUUAACAGCGCUGUACUUGGAUCUCUUAGCGUGGGAGGUCGAACAGGACGUUUUCUCGUUGCCAUUGCAUGAGCGCCAGGCGGCACGGUCCACUUACGGUGUACGUGCAGGUUUCAUGGAUUUAGAUUACGCCAAUAUGUUUUCAGCUCCCCGUUCAAUAAUUUUAAUGCACCUUACUGAAAUGUACGAUAGACACUGGACGAGACAUUUGCCGCUGGAUAAAAUCGGGCACCCACACUCGGAAAAGAUAAUCAAUUUCAAGGUGGUAGCUCGGUUUGUGAGUGAUCUUUAUAAGCGAGCAUAUGCCGCACACGGUGAGGAGAUUUACACGAGGCUUGCCGUACCCAAGUGGGUGGACGGGAAAAGAACUUCUGAGAAGAUCUUCAUCAGCCUCACGCCACCUCUUUUGGCAACCGAGCUUAGGUCUAUAGAUGAAAUCAACAACGAAGUGCGUCGUACGUUUCCUGUGAAUUAUCAUGCGGCAGGUACUGAAACAGGCUACACGAAGGUGGGUAAGUUGGAGCAUGGCGCUGUAGGUGCACAGUGGUUUGUGCCGAUGGUGCACAACCCCAACAUAGAAAGGGAGACCAUGGAAUACCUGGCAUCCAUGCCGUUGUUUCUAUCGACACAUAACUCUAUCAUUCAAGAUUCCUACGAUGCAAAAUGUGGUUUCCCAUUUAGAAGAACUAUUAAAAGGGCGCUAAGUGCCUGA